AUGUCAAACUAUUUUUUUUUUCUCUGACAAAAACAACACAAAUUAAAAUAAAAAAAACUCACCCUUGCCACUUGCUAUCCAACUUGGUGUAUCUCACAUUUAUCACGAUUUUUUCGUUCUCCCGUCCAAAAUUCCCAACUUGUAUAUCUCGUCUAUGCUUCUGCUACUGCUAGCUGGUGUUUUGUGUUGAGAAUUGAGAAAUCAAAAUCAAUUGGUGACCAUCCAUCGUGUAGUGCCGUAGCCGUCGUCAUCCGACCGGUUCGAAUUUAUAUUUUGCCUUAGCACAAAAUAGCUUUAGCUUUAAACUGCGCAAGUGUUUUUAACCAAACUACCAAAAAUCCAAAAAGGUAUUAACUUUCGAGUAGAAUUUACAGUAUCGCUGGUGAAAACUCGAAAAUUCACAGCAGCAUAAAAAAACAGAAACCGAAAAAACAGGUCAACAACGUCAUUCGUGUGCUCUAGAUGGUCGCUUUUGCUUUUCUAUAUUCCGAUUCCGAGGAAAAAAGUUAAUUGAAAAUUGCCGCCCCAAAGUUUAAUCAAUUUAUAAACCAUUCACUGAUUGAUGAGAAGUGUUGUCUCUAUCAUAAAUUUAUUAUAAAUAUUUUUGUAUUGAAAUUGAAAUAAAAAGUUAUCAUAGAAAAUAAAGUUCUUCUUUCUUUUUUCAUUAAAAACUUGAACUACCCCUGGAAAAUUGUGUGUUCUUGUUUUAUUAUUCCACACCACCUCCUUUUCCAACCUUCCUCCACCCACCCCCUUUUUGCGUGUGUGUGCAAAAAAAAGAAAAAAUCGAAAAUUUUUCUCGCUCGAUAUUUUUUUCAUGUCAACGACAAAACGACGUCGUCUCUUUUGUCGGGAGAAUAAACAAGUGCAAUAAAUUAAAAAUUUCUUUUUUAAAAAAGAAGAAUUUUUAAAACACAAGUUUGUUGUGUCAUCUAUAAAUAAAAAUAUUGAACAACAAUUUAAAAAAGAAACCCCGUGUUCCAACAAGAGAGCAAAUAUAAAUUAGCAAAAAAAAAAAAAAGAAAUACGAAAAAAAAAACGAAAAACCGGAAAAUCAUGUUUGGCCACCGCAACUAGAAAGAAGCAAGGUGAUUGAUUUAUUUUUAUUCGCAGAGAAAAAAAGUUUCGUUACGUUUUUUUUUCUCUUCUGUGUGUAACUAUCGACACUUAAGAAGUCCAAAUUCAAAAUCUCUUUAUUUUCCCUCGAGAAUAAGAACCUUUAACUUUUUUUUUGGUUUUUCAUUUGAAUUUAUUAUGAGCCAAACUGAUCAUCAUCGUCAACAAGAGGAACAAAAUUCUCAACCGCAACAACAACAACAACAACAAACAUUACGUCAAGUAGCAUCUACUAGCAGUAUGCUAUCGAGUAGUACUCCCAUUCGUAUUGGUGGAGCAUCUGGGGAGCCACCUUCUCCUGGGGGUGGUGGUGGUGGUAGUACUAGUGCUAGUGGCCCUGGUUCCAAUAGUAGUAAUGUUAUGGCAAGUAGUGUUCCUGUGGCAACAGGAAGUAGCUUGCAAAAUCAGCAGCAUCAAAGUUUACAUCAGAGUGUUUCGAGUUCUUAUGUGGGAUCGGCAACACAAGCUGGAGCAAGUAGUCAAUCAAUUGGUGUUGGUGGAACACCACCCAAUAGUGCUGGAGGAAGAUCAUCAGCAGCCGACGAGAAAAUACUUCGACGAACAUCAAUGCAAGUUCUUUUACCAAAACGUCCUUCAACUGACAGUUUAAGCAACAGUCCAGGUCCUUCAUCACCAGGCAUCGCCAAUUGGGGAGACAGUAGCUCAAAGUUUGAUGGCAAUUCGACAGAUAAACAACAACCAACAGAUACAUCGAAGCUCAAUCGCAAAGAGUCGUACAAAGCACAGAGGAAGAAUUAUCGUCGUGAGAAGAAGCGCGUUGCGUCUGAAUUAUUAAAUUCAUUGCAAGAUCCAGCUGUCAUCGUUCUCGCUGAUUGGUUGAAGGUCCGCGGAACCCUUAAAUCAUGGACAAAACUAUGGUGUGUUUUAAAACCUGGUCUGCUUCUUCUCUACAAAAGUCCAAAAGUAAAGAGCAGCCAUUGGGUUGGAACAAUUUUGCUUAAUUCGUGCCAAGUAAUCGAACGACCGAGCAAAAAGGAUGGUUUCUGUUUCAAAUUGUUCCAUCCACUUGAACAGUCAAUAUGGGCACCACGUGGACCAGACAAGGAGACAAUAGGUGCAGUCGUCCAACCUUUACCAACUGCUUACCUAAUCUUUCGAGCUCCUAGCCAGGCUGCUGGUAAAUGUUGGAUGGAUGCCCUGGAGCUCUCCUUGCGCUGUUCGGCACUGCUAUUACGGUCGAACAGUAACUCAGGUGGUGGAACAAGUACGGCUACCGAUGGCAAUGCCUCGGCACAAAGUUCCCAUGAGACACAAUGGUCCGAAGCAGAUUAUGAGAAGCAUUUUGAUGAUCAGGAUCUUGACGCUGACAGCCAAAACGAAGGAGCUGCGGCUGUUAUGUCCGGACCAGAUUCUGAAUCUGAUUCUGACUUGGGUGAAGGUCCUGACCAAAUAAAUGAUGAUCCUCCAGAAACACCAUAUGUUCCAUGUCCAGAAGAAGAAUUUGGCGAUGCUGGAGAACAAGUGGAGGAACUAGCUGAGGAACAUAAAAGUCUUAUUUGGUUCCUAAUGAAGCAGGUCCGCCCCGGAAUGGAUCUGAGCAAAGUUGUCUUGCCAACAUUUAUCCUAGAGCCAAGGUCUUUCCUAGACAAACUUGCCGAUUCAUACUAUCAUGCUGAUAUUCUUUCAGAAGCUGUUCUCGAAGAUGAUCCAUUUACACGAAUGAAAAAAGUCGUCCAGUGGUAUUUGUCGGGUUUCUAUAAAAAACCAAAAGGUCUUAAGAAACCCUACAAUCCGAUUAUAGGUGAAACUUUUCGUUGUUAUUGGCAACAUCCGAAUGGUAGCCGGACUUAUUACAUUGCCGAACAGGUUUCGCAUCAUCCACCAGUGUCGGCGUUAUAUGUUACCAAUCGUCAAGAUGGUUUUUGCAUUACCUGUAGCAUUUUGGCUAAAUCCAAGUUCUAUGGCAAUAGUACUUCGGCAAUGCUUGAGGGAGUUGCCACUUUGACACUCUUGCCACGUGGUGAAAGUUAUACGCUUACAACACCGUAUGCCCACUGCAAGGGUAUCCUUAUGGGAACUCUGUCAAUGGAACUAGGUGGAAAGAUUUGUAUUGAUUGUGAGAAUACUGGCUACAAGACCGAAAUCGAAUUCAAAUUGAAACCAUUUUUGGGUGGAUCAGAGUAUACGAAUUUGGUCACUGGAAAGGUUAAAUUAGGUAAAGAGACUUUGGCAAAUAUAAACGGACAUUGGGAUACGGAAAUUCGCAUUAAGGAUUCUAAAUCAUCGGAUGAAACAAUUUUGUUUAGUGCCACACCAGAGACAAAGCAAAAACGGCUAAUGCGAUAUUGCGUACCCAUUGAUCAACAGGAACCAAUGGAAUCUGAACGGUUAUGGCAAUUAGUGUCGGCUGCCAUUCGGCGUGACGAUCAAGUAGCUGCUACCGAGGAGAAAACUGUACUCGAAGAGAUGCAACGAAAUGCAGCCAAAGAGAGGAAAGCUUUGUGCACGGAUUGGAUACCAACGCAUUUUCAACAGGAUUUAAUAACUGGACAGUGGAUCUACAAAUAUGCCGACCUACGCCCCUGGGAUCCCCGGAACGAUGUCAAACAAUAUGAAUCAGAGUAUCAAGUUUUAACAAAAACUACUCACAAAGCACCAAUGGUUCGUACCGGCAGCAUUGUAAGCUCUGAUCCAUUGCAUGUUAUACGUGCUGAAUCUAGACAAUCCCUAUGUGCAUUAAAACCAUCCAAGCGAAAUGCAAUACUUGCAAGUAAAUCAAUCACCCAAUUAUCACACGAUCGAAUGAAUAUCCACUCAGAUUCUAGUCAAUCGAAUGAGGAAUGUGUUAAGAAAGUCAUGACUGGAAAAUCUAUUAAAAAUAUUAUGACAUCAGUUGAACAAGUUAAUAAAACUUUAGAAGAACACUCGAGACAGUUGAAAAAAAUACAAGCCACCUUGGAGCGUGUACAAUAUGCGCCCGUACAACGUCCUUCAUCACUUAUGUCAAGCUCAAUAUCACAAUCAACGGUAAUUAAGUGCCUGGUGUAUUCUUUUGUGGGAAUUGCAGUUAGCGUUUUCCUCAAGUGGUUAUUUAAGUAGACAAUAGAUUUUUAUUAAUUAAAUUAAAAAAAAAAAAAAAUGUAUAUGUUUAUUUUUUCGUGUGUAGUUUAUUUCUUAAAUUAAUUAAUUGGCUUCUUCCAAAAAAUUGUGCAUCAUUUUUUUAAAUAUUUAAUAUUUUUUUAUACAUAUGUAUGUACACGUCAUGUAAAUUAUUGUAGGCUAGUCCAACAUAGUUUUCCCUUAAUUUUUUUCUUAUUUUUCAAAUAAUUUUCAAAACAAAAAAUUCUAAUAUGUAUUUAAAUCAUCAAAAUGAAAUAUCCCAAAAUAUUUCAAACUACGAGUUAGUAUUAAUUCAGUGCAGCUUAUGGAAGUUAUUACUUCUUACUAAAAGCUUUAUAGUCUUUAGAGUUACUUGACUUGCCCAUGCACUUUUGCUAUUAAAAAAAAAAACAACAAAUUCUCCUCAUGUCCUUAGAAUUAAAAAUGGUUUAAAAAAAAUUUAAGGACUGGAGACAAAUAGAGUCCUAGACUAUAAUUUCGUUUCUAAAUGAACAAAAGUUCUACUCAUUUUCUCUUCCAUUUGCACUCAGAACAUUUUCAAACAUUUUUUUUUGACUGCUGGCUAUAAUGAAUUUUACUCCUAUCGAUUCAUAUUAGCAUUCGAAAUUCCAUUUGAAUCAAAAAAGAGUGAAACAAUGUAAAAAGCCAAUGAAAAACAAUAUAAGAAACAUUUAAAUCUGCUUUCAGAUAGUUAAAAAAUAUUGAUCUCUAAAAGUUCAUCAUUGUUUGAUUGUAUUUUUGGUUUGUGUUGUCGCCAUUGUCAAGGAAAAGCUUCUCUGGCAGAAGUUUUCAAAUAUUUAAAGCCGAUCCUAAGAUAGGACUCGGCUUUAAAAGUAGAAUUUCAGAUUUGAUUCGAAAAUCGUUUUUGAAAUAAAAAACUUGCAAUCAAUCUUA